GGAGCAGCCGUCACAGCCCGGGCAGUAAAAAUAGCGGCUGGACCAGGACCGUUCCGGGGUCACCGAGGAGACCCGAACGGACCGGAUCCAGCGGAACUUCCCUCCGCGCGAGGCACCGGACAGGAACCGCCGCGAGCCGCGUUCACCUGCCGAGAGAACCGGAACCCGAAGCCCAGCGGACGGGCUGCCCUUCUGUGAGGCGUUCACUGCCGGUGCUGUGACCCCCCCCCACGUGAUGCUGCAGCUGUGCCAGGUCACCAGCGCCCUCUUCAUCAGCAACGCCCGCUCCGCCUGCAGCGAGGACCUCCUCCUGCAGGAGGCGGUGACGCUCUGCAUCAACGUGUCCAAGCAGCAGCCGUUCCCGCGCCGCGGCGCCGGCGUGGCCACGCUGCGGGUCCCCGUGUACGACGACCCGGCCGAGGACCUGUACGCCCACUUCGACCGCUGCGCCGACGCCAUCCAGGAGGAGGCGGCCCGGGGGGGGCGCGCCCUGGUCUACUGCAAGAACGGGCGCAGCCGCUCGGCCACCGUGUGCGCGGCGUACCUGAUGAAGCACCGCGGCCUGUCGCUGACCAGCGCUCUGCAGAGAGUGAAGACGGCUCGUCACGAGAUCGACCCCAACGCCGGCUUCCUGUCUCAGCUGCAGAGAUACGAGCAGGAGCUGAAGAAGAGACGAGGACAGAGGGACAGACAGGAACACUGAGGGACAGGCUGAGAGACAUUUUACAAGGGAAAAUGUGUAUUGAAGAGAAACCUUUAAUGUUUUCAUAAUCAGUUCACUUAUUUCAAAGACGUGUCUCCAGAAUAAAGUAGGAAAUAUUAGAUGGUCGACUUUGUGUUGCUGUAAAAUAACUUUAACACGUUAAAAAGUUAAAAUAAAGAAUGGAGACCAAGCAUUAAAAAUCAAGUAACACACGCAGCGAUAAAAACCUAAAGAGGAAAUAUUUAAACAAUGUAGAAGUAAAAUAAAAAUAAAGUAUCAUAACUUAGAUAAGUCCAAGAUAAGUAUUAUGGAUUCUUCUUAAAUAAUAACUCUUUUAGAUGUUUUAUUUACAUGUGAAAUAGUUGUUAAUGCUCCUGUUUGAUUAUCGAUCAGUAAAUAUUGAUUGUUGAUGUUUAGAGAUGUUUAAACUGUGAUUUGAUCAGCCGAUCUUCCAACAGACCGACCUCGUUCUAAUAUGCUUUUAUUGUGAAACAGGAAGUAACUGUCUGAACGGAAGCUUCCAGCUGAUUGCUUCUCCUCUACUUCUUUGUCUCUGAGGGGUUUAGUCUACUGAACUAAAUCAUCUGUUGGUGCCGAGACUCUUUAUUUAAACAUUUAAACAUAUCGUAGAAAAGACUUUUAUAUGUUCAUCAGGUUGGCAAAAAAAUACACACAGAAUACACCGAUACACACAGAAUACACGAUACACACAGAAUACACCGAUACACACAGAAUACACCGAUACACACAGAAUACACCGAUACACACAGAAUACACCAAUACACACAGAAUACACCGAUACACACAGAAUACACCGAUACUACUUACUACUUAAAGUGCAAUAAGAUGUGUGUUAAUACCGGUUAAUGCUAGAUGGAUUGAGCUCAGGUUAAACCUUAUUUUAAAGAGUGAGUGUGUGUUUGUGAGUGUGUGAGUGAGUGUGUGUGUGUGUGUGUCUCCACUUAGUGGUGCUUCACUAAAGCAAUAAUUAAAACUAGGAACACGUUGACGUCGACGUGCUGCUGAAACGUGAAAUAAGUUGCGUGUUGAUCAUCAGUGUUUCGGCCUCAGCGGGAAACAAAGAGUAGAAGAAGAAGUGGAGGCUGUGAGCUGAAGACAAAACCACCUGAAGGGAUUCAAAUGGUUUUAAUUGUUCAACCUGAUCUUCAAAUGCAAUUAUUCAUCUUCAUCUUUCAUUAUGUUGAAUAAACUAUGAAUGUAGCACAACUUUACUGUGAAUAAAGAACAAAUGAACAAAUG